GGGCAGCUCCUGUCACUCCGACCGCGACAGGGGCUCUGGUUGGUCUGGGAAGCUAGGGGCGUGGCUUUGGCGUUCAGAUAAAUAGCGGGGGCUGGGGCCGGCGAAGGCUCAUUGCUUUGCGCGGUCGGGUUCGGACAGGGCGCGCGGUGGGGAUGGUGGCAGCGCCUCUCCGAGCGAUGUCGACCCGCUGAACGGAGACUCCCCUUUCCUUUUCCUCCUUCUUCUCCCACAUCGCGGCUGCGGGCUGUGGAAGCAGCCAUCCCCACCCUUUGCUCACAGCCUCCCACCCUUCCCCAAAUCCCCCAGUCUCUCUCUCUUAUCUCCUCCACCUCGCUCUCCCUACCAAGUCUCCCCGGUGCCUGCGCCGCGCGGUGCUGUGCGUGUCUAUGCGCCCGGCAGUGGCAGGAGGCGGUGGCGGCUGGUGGUGGUGAGUCCCUCCGGAGGAGUAUGGAGUGCGCCCUGGACGCUCAGAGCCUCAUCACCAUCUCGCUGCGGAAGAUCCACAGCUCCCGGACCCAGCGCGGUGGCAUUAAGCUGCACAAGAACCUCUUGGUCUCCUACGUGCUCCGCAACGCGCGGCAGCUCUACCUGAGCGAGCGCUACGCUGAACUCUACCGGCGGCAGCAGCACCCAUACUCGGGCGGCGGCGGAAUGAUGAUGAGCUCCGCGGGUGAAAUGGCCGAGUUCAGCCCUCUCCAACUUCCCGGAGACCCGGAGGAACGGGAUCCGGGGGCCCGGCAGCAACUGCACCAGCUUCAUCAGCUCCACCUCCACCACCAGCAGCAGCUGCAACAGCACCGGAGCUGCGCCGCUGGGGCGCCCGCGGGAGGAGCUAGCGGAGGCGGGGGCGCUGGGGAGCUGUUGGAGCCCGUGUGCGCUGCGCUCUUGCCCGGCGCGCACCACCGGGAGGAGACCUUGGCGCUCCAGCCGAGCCCUUCCCCACAGCAACAGCCGCCGCCGCCUCCAGCCUUGUGUACCCGAGACCCUUCCUCCUCUCCUUCCUCUUCCUCUUCCGUCGCUGCUUCUUCUGCUGCUUCCUCCUCCACUGCCUCCCCUGGCUUCUACCGGAGCGGUGGUUGCUGCGCCCCGGGCGGCGGGUACCCGCUCACCUCGGACUUCGGUGGCAGCCCGCUCCCGGUGGCUGGAGGAAGUCUACACUGUAGCAGCCAGACCACCGUCCUGGACCUGGACACUCACGUGGUGACUACAGUGGAGAACGGCUACUUGCACCAAGACUGCUGCGUUUCAGCGCAGUGCUCCUGCUGCUGCGGCGGCGGGCAGGGCGCCCCGGGACUGGGCCCCGCAGUGCCGGCCCCGACCGCGCUGCCAGGCACCAAGCGCAAGUACUACCCUGGACAGGAGGAAGAGGAGGAGGGAGGGGAACUGGGGGGAGACCCCCCCGGGGGCGGGCCCCCCUUUACCCCUUGCAAGCGUGCUCGCUUUGAGGACUUUUGCCCAGAGUCGUCCCCGGACGCUUCCAACAUAUCAAACUUGAUCUCGAUUUUCGGCUCGGGAUUCACGGGGUUAGUGAGCCGGCAGCCGGACUCGGAGCAAUCUCUGAACGGGCAGUUGUGCAGCAAGCAGGCUCUAGCCAGUCUGGGAGCCUGGACUCGGGCCAUCGUGGCCUUCUAGGGAUCAGGGGAGCUUGGGAUAGAGAGUGCCCGGCCACAGUUAGGGGUGCGGGAACAGUGGGA